CGAUAAGAGGAAGAAAAAGCCGUGUGUGUGUUUGAGGUCGUCCUAAAUAUUGGAACACUUUUAGGAUUCGGUUUUCUAGUUGAACUAUGUUUCUCUACUCCGAAUCCCACUCCAUAUACGUUUACCUACCUAUAACAAACACUAUAUAAUAAUAACAUUCCAUCAAUUAUCAACACUAGUCCUCUUCUUUGAUUAUCUCCUCAUACAUACAAUCUUCCUCUUCCUCUUGUUGCUUCAUCCAAGCUUUCAUCAUGACUACUACUUACGCCCAAUGCCUACUACUCUGUUCAUCUUGGUUUCUACCUGCUUUCGAUUCUUUUUUGGCUGCAUCUGAGGCUUUUUCCGAACACCUUUGAUUCUUCAUUCUCAGCUAUUACAAAUCUACGUCCACCUUCCCUCUUAAUCUGUUUGGUUCUUUUAAAUAAUCAGAAGGGUUUUUUGUUUUCUUGUUAAUCUAUCGCCAUGAGUUCUUCUUGUUGUUCUGGUUUCUUAUUGAAUGAAUCCGAUGAUUAUGAUGACGAUGACGUUGCAGAAAAAUCCCCCAGCGGUCGUUACUUGAGGUACAAUGAAGUAUUGGAUAGAGGACCACGAAACACGGUCUAUGAAGGCUUUGAUUUAGUUGAUGGAAUGGAAGUCACUUGGAACAAAGUCACUGUUGACGAUUCGUUUCAGUCUGAGGAACACAUGCGCAGAUUGAGUACGUUGCUGAAGCCAUUGAAACACAAGAACAUCAUCAAGUCAUGCAGCUCUUGGGUGGAUCAUCAAAGCAAAACUAUCAACAUGAUUUCUGAGUUCUUCACUUCUGGGAGUUUGAGGCUGUACAGCCAGAAACAUAGGAGUGUUGAUAUCAUCGCCAUCAAGAACUGGGCUCGGCAGAUUCUUCAAGGUUUGUGCUAUCUCCAUACUCGUGAUCUGCCUAUUGUUCAUGGUGAUUUGACUUGUCAAAAUAUUUUUGUCAAUGGAAACUCUGGACAAGUUAAAAUUGGAUAUAUAGGGUUACCAACUACCAUGUUGCAAACCCCAGAGCUCGAUGGGGAAGAAAUACAAUAUAGCCCUGUUGUUGAUAUACAUUCAUUCGGAUUGUGUAUGCUUGAAUUGGUUACUUCUGAAUAUCCAUACAGUUACAGUGAUGGUAAAACUCAAGCAUUGCUCGCCAAAGUGAAGGACAUACAGGUCAAGGACUUCAUAGAAAAAUGUAUUUUUCCCGUAUCUACAAUGUUUUCAGCAGCGGAACUCUUGAAAGACCCAUUCUUUGAAAUAUGCGCUUUUACAACGUGCGUCAAUGACACUCCUGAUCUGGUUUCGGUUCUGGAAUUCAAAAUAUCCAACGAGAAAAGUGAAUUCAGAUUGAGAGGAGAAAGAGUCGAUGAAAACUCCAUUUCUUUAACGUUACGCAUUGCUGACACGUGUGGUGGUCAGGUGACGAAAAUUGAGUUCAUGUUUAAUGUUGAUGCGGAUACGACCCUCUCAAUAGCUUGGGAGAUGGUGGAACAACUUGAUCUGCCAAAAGAAGAUGCGACUUUGAUCGCAGUGUUGAUGGAUAAUGUGAUUAUGAAAAUGGUGCCCUGUUGGAUGCCUUCCUCUGUUAGGUUUAGUGGUGUGAAAUGUUCAUAUGGGGAUCCAAUCCUAGUUUUUUGAUUCAAUCUAUUCAAUCAAAAUUUUGAGAGACAAUGUUGAAUGAUGCAAUUAAUAGAUUAGUAUCUUUGAUUUCAUAAUCUUACAUCAAUCCUAUGUUCAAUAGUAUUUUAAUUAGUUGAA